AUGUGCCUCAUGCUGCAGCUAUAUAAUCAUGAGGCUUCUGGAACACGCGCCAUGAUUACGCUGCGUACAGACCGUCUUGGCCGCCGUAGGGACGAGGUCCUUCACAGCCUGCCAGCGUCCGUGCACAAAGGAACCGCAGGAAGGCCUCUGCAUAACGGGAUAUCAACACGAUCAUUAUUGCUCGCUGUAAUUGCAGUACAGGGAGUAGGCAUAGCCAUCUCCAACCGACUUCAACCUUCAGUAGCAGAGGUGUCUCCAGUCAAUGAGCAUACUAUGACAUUGAGACUGAAGCAUGCUUUUGACUUUGUGUCUCUUAUUGCUGUGUACGCUCCUACCGAUGUAUGUAAACUCGAUGUGGAAGAGGUGUUCUAUGCCAAGCUCACAUCUGUGGUAGACAAAUGUCCCCGGCAAGACAUUCACAUUGUACUGGGCAACUUCAAUGCAGUAUCCAGCUGUGAUCGAGCUGGCUACAAGAUUGCUCCAACCCGCAACACGGGUAUUGUGGCCAAGGAGAUCGACCACAUCCUUCUUAACACUCACAAGAGGAUCCUUUAG